AUGAAACAAAACAACAAACUCGAAGUUUUAUCGUUCAAUGAGUUGGUCCAGCGAAGGCUCAAUCAUGAUGGUGGUGAUGAGGAAAAGAUACGUUCGGAAAUACAAAAUCAAGUACACGACAUUUUUACGAACGGAAUGAUGGAUGGUGUUCCGAAAGAUUUGUUCAAUGAUUAUGGAAAGAUUGUUGGUCUAUUGUUUGGUGUGGAUCAAGGAAAUGGAAGUACUUCAUUGGUGGCCUUGUUUCAGGAAUAUUAUGGAUACAAGUUGCAAUUUUUCAUUUGGUCUACGUUUUAUAUUUCGUGGUUUUUGAUUGGAAAAUUGUUGGGUGUUGAAGUUGUGGAAGUGACAAGAUUGAAACUGAUGGUUUAUGUUGGAUUUUUGGUGUUAUUGAGUGGAAUGUUGUAUGCUGUUUUUAAAUUUGUGCUAUUGCCAAUUAUUGCUAAGGAUAUGGGAAAGUACAUUAUGAAGAAUAGAAAAUCAAACGAGUUGGGAGAUAUCAAUAAUUAUUAUGCAAAUAAUAAGAGCAAACCAGAGAAUAAUUUCUUUUUGGCUAUGGAUGGUGAUGAAAUUGUUGGUCAUGUUGCUCUCGAUAAGUGGAUUUAUCCAGGUGAUAAGGUUGAAGAUGCUGAAUUCAUUGAAGAAUAUGAAAAGUAUCAAAUCAAUCCAUUGAAAAUGAUUGAAAUUAGAAGAAUGAGUGUAAAGAGCUCAUAUCGUGGUGGAGGUGUGGCUACUGUUCUAUUGAGAUAUGUCUUCAAGUAUGCUCAAGAAUUACAAAUGAAUAGAAUCAUUCUCAAGACUAGCUCACUUCAAUAUGGUGCUAGAAGACUGUACCAGAAACUUGGAUUUGAAAUUUUGGGUGUCACCCAAUAUAUUCCACCAAUUGCGAUUUUCAAAUUCAUGCUCGACAUUUCAAAGAAAUAAUAAACUAUUUAUUCUUCUCAU